AUGAAUGCAUUUGUCAAGAGAAUUCCUAGGUCCUCAACAUCUGCAAGCAAUUAUUCUCAAGGUACUCCUGGCAGGCCGGCCAAGAGGGCCAAGGUUCAGCAAAGCAGCACUGCGGCGCCAGAUGACGGUGAUGAAUCACUCUUAACGAAUGAUGAAGAACAUGAUGUUGAAUCCCCCCAUAAAGACCCAUCAGCGAAUGGGAGUGAGUUAAAAACAAGACCAACAAGCCCUGGGUCAGAUCCGGAUCAUGGUAAAACUCCAAUUGAGAGUUCACUCCCUCCAAUCAAGACCGAGCAGGAUGCUAUCGAGGAAUACGAAGCAUUCCGCGUCUCUCAACAGAGCCAAGAGCCCGAGACUGCAGCCACUAGGCUAGAAAAUAGGAAUUGGGUCAGGGGCAGGAGUUCCAUCUAUGUCGAUGCCUUCAACCUUGCUCUCGAGACGGUCAUUGAAGACGAGUCUAACCUUUUUGAUGAGAAGGAAAUGGCCGUCUUUGAUGCCUGGAAGGCCCUUGAUUAUGAAGCUCAGUAUUUAUAUGUCCGACUCUUCCUGAGAAAGACGGCUGCAUGGCAUCGUUCGGAUCGUCUCGGCUAUUACUCUGAUAUAUUGGACCCUGAUGCAGCCAUUGCGUCUCUACAAGAAACACGAGAGCUUCCCCAUCGCGAGAAUGAGGCCUCUUGCCUUAGUGGGCAACCCAGCAUCGCCAUUCAAGACUGGUCACUGACUGGGUCCUUCACCUUUGCAAACUCAUCUGAAGACACGAUCGACACUGUACAGGAGGCCUUGUCUCUCCUGAGUUUGGACGAGCUCAAGACCCUGGCAAAGGAAGCCAAGGUCAAAGGUGGCAACAAGGCACAAAUACAAAAGGCGCUCUGUAUCAUGAGCACUCAGCAAGUCUCACUCAUGUCCGUGGGUCUGCGACGAUCCAACACCACAGAUUCCACCGGCAUAGUAGACUCGCCAAACGAGCAGUCGGAUUUUAAUACUCCCGAUGAAGGAACUCCCGCUCCAGAAGAAAAACGAGGUGCUCGGUUUCUCGACAAAGUCUUGGCUAUUGCCGGGCCUUGUAUUCGUCUGUCACCCUUGGUAUUCAAGCUUUUUGAGCGAGUUCACUUGGUCUUCUACAGGUCAACGGAAUGGACGGAGAAGUCUCUGACCACCAUCAUUCUUUCCAAGAUAUCAAAAAGAAAUUUCCCUGAAUAUAUCGUCUGCAGAUCUACCAAUAUAUUCUUGUCACGACAUAGUCUUUUGGAGUUCGAGCAGGCCAUGAGAAUUGAGUUUGAAAUUGACAAAAUCCUCGAAAGCGGACCACCAGGAGAGGAGGGCUUCCGGAAAGUCUUGGCUCUUUUUGGCGACAUCGAGCAGCGAUGGAGUGAUCUUCUACAAGAGGAGCAGCGCAAAGAAGACAGCGUUUACGACACCGGAGAGGGCUGCUAUCUACGCAGGUUUAGCGCCGGCCAUGCUUUCACUCGCAUUGCACACAAGGCUGCAUAUGUCCACGGACGUCUACACCAGCACGCACAAGAACACUCGCUGCUGUCGCGGCUUCUCGAGCAGCGACUCUUUCAUUUGGCGAGACGCGGGGCUUGGUAUCAAAGGAAGGCUCUCUUAGAAGAGCACUAUAUGGCCGAUAUUGAUACUGAACAGACCGGAGGGACUGACCCAGAGCAGCGAAAGAAACACUGGCGGCGGAUCGCAGCCAUGACCUGCGAGCAAGCUCUGGAAGACAAUGACUGUCACUUGAUCUACCACUACGACCUGCAGAAGAGACUUGUAAAGCUUGAAAAGAAGUUGAGGAUACCAAAACGCCUACAGCACGACUUUGGGCAUGUACGACUACAGUCGCCCGAGGAGCAUACUGUUUCUGGCAUACAGGUCAAGAGAGAUGAUUCCGGGUCGGGCAAGCUGGGACGGGGGCCCAGUACCAAGACGAUAUGGUUAGAUGAGCAUGAGGAUGGCGAAGAGUGCUCGGUGGAGGAAAUGUGUCUAUCACAUUACCGCACACAAGGUUGGAAGGGUUACCAUGCAGAGGGGGGCAUUAUCCGAACACUCUUCGCAUACCUCUUCUACGACAUACUCUUCCUUUACAUCCCCAACGUUUUCCAAACAGCCUACCAAACCUGCCCGUUGGACCUACACACCGACGCCUUCUACCCGGCCCGGGCGAGCGAGAUCAACCACCGACUGGUGGAGAUCGCCAACGGCGGGGCGGCCUCCAUCCUACGGGCGGUGGACUCGGCCCACCGCGAGCGGCGCACAUGCGUCGUGGGCCUGAACUGGGACUUUGCGCUCGACGACCUCGUGGAGCUGGUCGACUGCUUCCGGGGCGAGGCGCUAGCGGCCAUCUGCCGGGUCAUGGCGCAGGAGUACAGACAGCGCGGGGGCGGGAUCCCUGACCUCGUGCUGUGGCGGACGGAGCCGUGCCCCGAGGUCAUGUUCGCCGAAGUCAAGAGCGCAAACGACCGGUUGAGCGACACGCAGAGACUUUGGAUACACGUCCUCACGGGUGCGGGCGUCCGCGUCGCCCUGACAGCUGCUGUCGCCAAGGAGGUCAAGGAAGGUUGA